AUGAAACCACGCAUGUGCUACGAUGAUGCCGCUUGGGAGAAAAGCGAAGAGAUCUCUGAAGCCUGGAUAGCCCAGUUUCUCGAUCUUGACAUCUUGAGACAUCUCGGAUGUUUCCUUGUUAAACAUCACGAACCCGACAAGCUGGAAUCAUUCGAUUUUCUAGAAAAAGGAGCUUUCAAUAUCUCCUUUGAAAUGACAUACAAAAAUACUAAUUCCGCUAUCAUCCGUCUCCCACAACCCGGUGCCACCAUGUUUCCUGAAGAGAAAGUCCGUAAUGAGGUUGCUACAAUGCGAUACAUUCUUGAUCAUACUUCGAUCCCAGUUCCUUUCGUCCUUCAUUGGGGUACUCGAAAGGAUGGCCCUUUAAAUCCAGAGUUGGGUCCCUUCAUAAUCAUGGAAUUUAUGGUUCACCACACGAACAUGUACGAUGUUCUUAAUAUGUCAGGUCGCCCAAGAGCAUCCCGUGGGAUUCUUAGCCCGGAUUUCGACGAAAAUGAACUCGAGGGACUAUAUGGAGAGCUGGCAGAUAUUUUGCUUCAGCUUUUCCAGCCAUCCCUUUCUCAUAUAGGAUCACUUAGCCAGAUUGAUGAUUUCACCUGGGAAGUGGCAUACCGACCUCUUUCAAUGCCUAUGAAUGAACUUAUUCGAUUAGGGUCGCUGCCUCAAGCAUGUUUACCGAGCCUAGACACCACAUUCGACACUGCAUCAUCAUAUUUCGAGAGCUUAGCUGAUCUACAUAUUCUACAUCUUAUGAACCAAAGAAACGAUGCCGUCGACUCAGCUGAUGACUGUCGACGAAAAUUCGUUGCUAGAUGUCUUUUCCGGAAACUCGCCCGAAAACAAAAGCUCACGGAGCGAUGGAGAUCUUUUGAAAAUGGUCCCUUCAAACUCUGGUGCGACGAUUUCCGACCAGGUAAUGUCCUUCUCAACAAGGACUCGAAAAUUGCCGCAGCUGUGGACUGGGAGUUCACUUACGCUGCCCCCGUCGAGUUCUCUUACACGCCACCUUGGUGGCUUCUUAUUGAAAAGCCCGAAUACUGGCCUACAGAUGGCGGUCUUGAAGACUGGUGCAAGGAGUAUUGA